CGCGUAGGAACUUUUCCCAUCCCGGCUCCGGGGCCGGAACCUCGCAUCUGCCGGCGGCCCGGGACUGGGCCUCGUACCCCUUCUCCUGCCCGCCCGCUCCGGCACUCGGAACUCCUGGCCCCAGGCCUCGGCCCUCCCGCCCGGGCACUCAACACGAUUUGGAUCCCCAUUCGGACCUGCCCCGGGGGUCGGAGCCCUCUCAUCCGCCGCCAGAGACGUGGGCCUGGGGAGGGGGGAGAGAGGAGGAGCGGUUUCGGGGGUGUGUGUGAGAGGUCCCGCGGUCCGUCUCCGGGCGCUGUGGGGUCUGGAAGAACUUCUUGUCCUAUUGUGGGAAGGAGAGGCGGCGAGUUCCGCUGGGUCUGCAAGCAUCCACUCCCUGCAGGAGUUGGGGUUGUAGGUAUCUCCUCACUGGGUCUCAGGAUAUCUGAAGCAUUGAAGUCAUUGAUCGCUGCAGGAUUUUUGGUUGCCUCUCCAAAUUGGCAAUGCUCUGAAGAACUCCGCUGCUGGAUCUCUAUUGACAAGGAUCUGUGAGAAAGUCGUUUCCAGCGACAGUACACGUUUCAAAGUAACAUCUUACCUUUAACAAGGCUACUGUGGACUCCGAAUGCAUGUCAUCUUUGACAUAGUCGGUUUGUCUACAUAUCCGCCACAUCGUUUGUCAAGAGACUAUGCACAAUGCUGGAGACGGAUUAAUUGAGAGCUAAGCAGUGAAAGAAGAUGAUGUACUCGUCCAGACGAAAACCCGUUCUCUAUUUCACCAAGGAAGAUAACAGGUCAGGCCUGCUACUAAGGAUGUUGCCUCGAAGAUGUUCCAUCUUUAAACUGUUUUGUACAUUUAUAAUCUUUGGAUUCUUCUCUGUAAUGUGGCUGCAAUAUAAUUGCAGAGUAACCAGCAGCCAAAGCAGCAAUGAUGAUGGUUCAGUGCAUAAGUCCUGUCGGGAGGAGACUGAUGAUCCUACCUGGGGCCCUCACAAAAUAGCAAUCAUUGUUCCUUUCAGGGAACGUUUUGAAGAACUUUUGAAUUUUGUCCCACACAUGCAUGCAUUUUUAAAGAAGAAGAAAAUAAGACACAAGAUCCUUGUAAUCAACCAAGUUGAUCACUACAGAUUUAAUCGUGCCUCUUUGAUAAACGUUGGUUUCUUGGAGAGUGGGAAUGAUACAGACUACCUUGCAAUGCAUGAUGUGGACUUGCUACCGCAGAAUGAAGAGCUGGACUAUGGGUAUCCAGGAAAAGGACCUUUUCACGUGGCAUCUCCAGAACUUCAUCCUCUUUAUCAUUACAAGAGUUACGUGGGAGGGAUCCUUCUCCUCACCAAGCAGCACUUUGAACUGUGCAAUGGAAUGUCAAAUCGGUUUUGGGGAUGGGGCCGGGAGGAUGACGAAUUUUAUCGUAGAAUAACAGCAGCAGGACUGCAGCUUUACCGUCCUACUGGAAUUCAAACCGGUUAUAAUACCUUCAAACAUUUCCAUGAUCCAGCGUGGCGGCGCCGAGACCAGAAAAGAGUGUCAGGACAGAAGCAGGAACAGUUUAAGGUUGACAAAGAAGGUGGAUUAAAGAACUUGAAGUACAAUGUUGGGUCCAGAACAGAGCUGACAAUCACAGGGGUGCACUGCACCAUCAUCAACAUCUUACUGGAUUGUGACCUGAAUGAAACACCGUGGUGUAAUAUAAACUGAUUGGAAGUAACCCAGAAAUAAUUGCAUCUCUUCGAGCUGUUACAGAACUGCCAACAAAAUGGAUAAACCUAUCACUCUGUGCUUCUAUUUCUACUGGUGCUGAGGCUGUGAAUACACAAUGUCGUACCAUCCUGGAGUAGAGACUGAGCAGAGAUGGAAUCCUUUUCUGUUGGGUGAUGAACUGAUCAUUGUUACAAUUUUUUGCAGUAUUAACAAGUUGGUUGCAAGAAACCUUUAGAUUCAGUCAUUAGUGAUGUAAAAGCUGUUAAGGGAAGCUGCUCAUAAACCUGCAAAAUCUUCAGUUUUUAUUUUAUUUUUAUUGUUAAGGUCGCAGCCUGUAACCUAUUUCAGGUAGUCUCCUGGUGGACUAUAGUAUGUAAUUCACUGAGGAAGCAGGCACCUUCUACCAUUUUUAUAAAACAAUAUCAUCUAUUACCUUUCUGUAAAAAGAACCUUUUAGCGCAGUGCGUCCACUUCAUAAAAGAUGCCAACUUUGAUAUUGCAAUGUAGAGACCAAUGGAUUCUCCUUUCGGUUCAUGGAAUGAUGGAACAGAAGUUUACAAAGAAACGAGUAUUUAAACCUACAGUGCCCUCCAUAAUGUUUGGGACAAAGACCCAUAAUUUAUUUAUUUGCCUCUGUACUCCACAAUUUGACAUUUGUAAUAAAGAAAAUCACAUGUGGUUAAAGUGCACAUUGUCAGAUUUUAUGAAAGGGUAUUUUUAUACAUUUUGGUUUCAUGUAUAAAUUACAGCUGAGUUUAUACAUAGUCUCCC